AUGACGGACAUUGAUUUAUCCUCCAAUCCUCAUUGGAAAGAAAUUCUUGGCUCCCUUCAACUAUACAAACCAGUAACUGAAAUAGAUACUAUUGAUAUUAGGGGCAAGGAGAUGGAGACUUUAGAUAAAUGGGAGGCUUUCUACAAGACUUACGCCAAGUGGGUUGGAUUUGGUGUUAGGAUUGACGACACCAAAUACAGGGACGACAUUAUUAGCAUACGUCGGUGGGUUUGUUCUAAUGAAAGUUUUCGAAGAGAAAUUUUUUUGAACCUGCCAAACCGAAAGAAGCAUGCAAAAGAAAUAACACGAUGUGGGUGUCAGGCUGCGAUCCGAAUCCUUCGAAUGAAAGACACAAACCUUUGGUGGUGUAAGGAAUUUGUAGCAGUUCACAAUCAUGAUUUGGUGAUCCCAUCACAAAUGCAUUUCUUACAUUCAAACCGCGAGGUUCUAGGAGCAAUGGCUUCCCAUGUAAUGAGCAUGAACAUAUGUGGGAUAAAAACUAGUUUAGCAGUAGCACACAUGGCCCUGCAAUCGGUUAGGUACGAUAAUCUUCCUUUUCAACUAAGAGAUGUGUACAACAAAGUUACCACUUUAAGAAAACUAGAUAGCCUACCAAGUGACUAA